ACCGCGCUGUUACCGGGGCAGAGGCAGCGCCCUGCGCUGUCCGCCCGCAGAACCUGCGCUCCGAGCCGGCCUGCGCUCACCCCGCCGGGCUGAUAGCAGCGAGCUGCGGCAUGGCCGGGGCUGUGGCACCCCUGAGCUGUACACGGCCCCCCGAGGUGCACCGGCCGACCUGCUGAGUUGUCCUAGAAUUGCGGCUGGAGUGUGGAGGGUACCCCCCACCGGCAGCGAUUUACCAGGGAUUUAGAGAUGAGGCAUAUAAUUCCUUGUCAGUAGUCAUAUUGGAGACAAAUGGGAUUGCUUAUCCAGCUAACCAUGUCUUUAAAUUCAUCUACACUUUUAAAUGAAAGAAAUGCUCAAGGAGCAAAAAGAAAUACUGAGUGUUUGGAAAGCCUACUGCAGAGUCCAUCAUCUGUUCAAGAUAAUCCACUUCAACAAUUACAGUUAGCUUCCCAGGAAGUACUGGAAAAGGCAAAAAAGAGUGGGAGAUCAAAAUGCCCCCAGUGUCAUAGUUCAAGGAUGUUUUAUUGUUAUACAUGCUUUGUUCCUGUCGAAACUGUCCCUACCAAAGAAAUUCCAACUGUGAAGUUACCUUUGAAGAUUGAUAUUAUUAAACACCCAAACGAAACAGACGGCAAAAGCACGGCUGUGCACGCUAAGCUCCUGGCACCUGAUGAUGUUACAAUUUAUAAAUACCCCUGCAUUCCUGAGUAUGAAGAGAAGAGACACGAAAUAGCACUUAUAUUUCCUGGCCCAAAUUCAGUUUCAGUUAAAGAUAUUGCUUUCCAUCUCCAAAAGUACACCAAGAAAAGUGUCUGUUCUAGUGACGAUGACUGUUCCAGAGAGCCCCUUCCUAAACAAGCAAAAAUAGAACCUGAAGAAGAAAAAAAUCCAAAUGAAUGCAUCUCAAGCAGCAGGAGUGAAGGCACGAGACUGAAGAAAAUAAUAUUUAUUGACAGUACCUGGAAUCAAACUAACAAGAUAAUAACUGAUGAACGACUUCAAGGGUUACUGCAAAUUGAGUUGAAGACAAGGAAAACUUGCUUUUGGCGUCAUCAGAAGGGAACACCAGAUACAUACCUUUCCACAAUAGAAGCAAUUUAUUAUUUCCUUGUGGACUAUCAUCAGGAGAUUUUGAAAGAGAGCUACAAAGGACAAUAUGAUAAUCUGCUUUUUUUCUUUUCAUUUAUGUAUACAUUGAUUAAAGAUGCCAAGUGUUGUGCAGGAAAAAAGUAAGCUGUCUGUCGGUGCAUGACACUACUUUUUUUUGUAAUAAUAACCUGCACAAACAUAACCAGGGGUUUUUUUUUGGAAAUAGACUGUCCUCUAAAUAAUGUCCAGAAGUGAGCUGCAGCCCUCCUCCUGCAUGCUUGAGGUGGUAGAACUGCUCACAUGAGCAGUCUUAUUAGAGUUACUUACUUGAAAACAGUUACAUUUUCCUAAAUAUUGCUGUACUUCAACCUACAGGCCUGAUGUGCUCACUGUGAUGAGCACAUUUCCUGACAUGGGAGUGAGGACCUGACCCCUCUUGCUGUAAGGAGUGAUCUCUUAACUGUAAGAAGGAAUUAGCCUGCCUGCUUUUCCAUUGUUACUGAUACUUCUGUCAGAUGGAUUCUUUGUGGUUUACACAGCAAUACUGAUUUUGCUACAGGGUUACUGAACGAGCAGAUGGUGUUUGGUUGCUGGGGUGAGUGGCAGCAAUAGAGAAUGAAAGAGCACAUUAAUUGAAUAUGAAUUAUAUAUUUUCAUGAUUAAUUCUGGAAAAUUCUUCUAGUAAUAAAAAAAUGGUCUCUUUAAACAUUGUUAUACAAUGUAUGAUUUCUGUAGUACCAUUCAUGUACUCUUAUAUUAGGAUUAUUCUCAAAUUCUUGGGUAAUUUUAGACUUCUUCAAACAAAUUUAGUUAAGUGUUUAUUACUGUUAUAUAUUACCAUUAUUUGAGGGAGCACUAACCUAACAAAUGUCACUAUGGCAUAUUGUAGGCACCACAAAUACUGGUUCUGACCACAAUAUUUCUGACAAGGCUUCCUUAAACUAGGCAGGCUGUGAAUCUGCUCUGCUUUUCCUUUUGCAGUGAAGGAGCAGAUUAGAAGAGUCUCAGCAAGGCUUUGUGCUGAUGGCAGUUUUGUCACGGUUGUAGUGCUGCUGUCAGAGUCAUCAGGUGUGAAUGCAGUUUUGCCAGGCUACACCAACACAGCCAGUGCUGGCAGAGGGAACAGACCUGAGCUUUACAGCAGAGUUAUAUGAAUAUAUUUUAGAUCAUACAUUGAUAAUUAUAUUCCUAAAGUAGGAAAAAAAUUAUUAAGGGUACAAUAUAAGAUGGAUAAAUAUUUCUGGAUAUUCUUAGAAAUGUGUUAUUUAAGAUAAAAUAUAUCUUGUCAAA